AUGUCCUCGCCUCUUCGGCCGCCAGGGAUCGCUCCUCCGGCCGCACCCGCUCGCCAUCGCUGCCGCAUCGCCACGCCACACCAUCUGCACCGGAACCGAUGCCUCGCCGCCGCCGUCUCCGCCGUCGCAACCACCACGCCAGAUUUGAAACGUAUCAGCCUGCUCAUAAUUUUUCCCCUCACGGGAAGCCUAAUAUUGAAUCUCGUUCUGUUCAUCCGUGUCUUGGCAGUGAGGCCAAGGGGACCGUCUCCAGCCCUUCCUACUUGCCCAGAGGUCUUCUGUCCAAACGGCUGGGUUGGGUACCAAGGGAAAUGCUACUAUUUUGCAAAGGCUGAAGGAAACUGGACUUCUAGCAAGAUGCACUGCUGUUCUCUCAAUGCUACUUUGGCUGUGGUUGAUUCCCAAGAAGAGAUGGACUUUAUGAUGCGUUACAAAGGUCCUGCUGACCACUGGGUUGGUCUCCACAGAAAUCAAAGUCAGCCCUGGAAGUGGAUCAAUGGCACCAUUUUCAGUGAGUGGUUUACAAUUCUUGGAGGAGGAAGCUGUGCGUAUAUGAACCAACAAGGUAUUGCCAGCUCCAGCUGCUCAAGAGAAGAACCGUGGAUCUGCAGUAAACCAGUUGCGAGGUGA